AUGGAUGCUGACGCCCAAACUCAGCCCACUUUGCCCGAUAAUGAUGGUCCCUCUCGCAGACGGCGCGUGCGUGACUUCCGCCGGGGCUACCACGCUUGCGAGUUGUGUCGGAAGAAGAAGAUCCGCUGUAUCGUGGAUAAACCUGGCGCGUCAUGCUUGAGAUGUCAACGAGAGGUCAAAGAAUGCGUAUUCAGUGAUGAGCGCUCUCACCGGAAACGGAACAAAACUGUCGAUAGAAGAGGAUCAUCCGAACAAGCUGCGGAUUCAGAGCAUGGUAUUACCAUGGCGAGCACCUCGUCGGCUCAAGCCAAUAUGAGCCAAGACACGUUUACAGAAGAGCCAUCACAGAUGCUCGACGACAGUAAUGAUUUGACAUUCCCAGGCAUGUCUAUAUCAGUCCGCAGCGGACUGCCCGAUCACCAGCAACAAGCUGUCAUGAACGAAGCUUCACCGUCUAUCAGCUCCACCGGACCUGCAGGUGAAAUCACUACUACACUUGUUUCAAAUGGUAACGACGCACUGCGGCUUUUGUACCAGCCUGCGAUCGAACACGCGAACAAGGAUGGUGCCUCACCGAGCAAUCAAGGGCCCAUGACACGGCAUACGCAGCAUCCUACCGCGGGGACUUCUAGCCCUCGAACAACUGCCUCUGUCAUAGCAUCUGGGCCCAAUCUCACUUCCCCAAUUUCUCUCAGUCCUUUGACGGUAUGGCGGGCUUUCCGAUUUGUCAGAAUGGGCUGGUUUACCGCCGAAGAAGCAGUUAACUACGUUGACCUGUUUCGACAAAAUCUAGCACCACUAUCUCCUGUAUCGAGAGGCUUUGACCUAAGCCACGAAAAACACUACAAGCUCAUCACACAGGAGCCUCUCCUCUGCUGUGUCAUCCUGAUGAUAUCAUCCCGGUACCACGUCUUGAGUGGUCACGGCGGUCUAGCCAGGAGCACCAUUGUCCACCAUCGAUUAUGGGAGCACUGUCAGCAUCUCGUCAUGAGAAUCAUCUUUGGCCAAGAGAAGAGAUCCAAAGCCAAGACAAGAACCCGAGGGUCCAUCGAGGCUCUUCUCCUCAUUAUAGAGUGGCACCCACAAGCGAUACAUCUACCGCCGGCUUCGGAUGGGUGGGACUCGUCUACUUUGCUCACCGACUUCGAUCCUCGGGAUGAUCAGUUCGAUAAUCAAGCAGACACUACCGACGACAACGAAGCCCAGUGGCUCAGAGAUGUUAUACUACCCGCCAAAACCUCGGAUCGUAUGUCUUGGAUGCUGCUAGGCUGUGUGCAGUCUUUGGCUCUUGAACUUGGUCUCUGCGAUGAUGGCGAAAGAGGAGACACAUCUACAAAACCACCAGGAUUCAAAGCCGAGCAGACAAGAUUACGAGAUCUGCUUUAUAUAUUCCUGGAGCAGCAGUCGAGUCGACUAGGAUGUCCCUCCAUGAUGCCGACUUCUGUGUCGCGCUUCAUGUCAGAGUCUUCCAGAAGAGACGUGCAGGGCGAUUCAGCUAUAGUGGCAGCAUGGCUUGAUCUGACUAAUCUUACACGCACCAUCAUCGAUGUUCUAUGUCCCUCGGCCAAGGGAAUUCGAGACAUUCUUAGUAGCUCCAGAUAUGUCAACAUCAUCAAACACUUUCAGAAACAGCUGGCAGGAUGGAAGACAACCCACCUCAGCCACGAGAAUUUAUGUUCUCAUGCUUACGAAGACUUGACUAUUGAAUACAACUAUGUCCGGGCCUUCAUAAAUUCGUUUGGAAUUCAGGCCGCCGUUGAUCGAGUUCUUGGUCGAGGACCGCCAAAUUUCAUCGACACCGACGUUCUUCAGUCAUCUAUCACUGCAACAGACUACUCCUUUAUCAAAGAAGUUAUAGACUCAUCAUGCCAGGCUCUUGAGUCAGUCAGUAGGCUAUUCGAGGCUGGUAAGCUCCGAUAUUGCCCCGUUCGAGUAUUUCUCCGCAUCAUUAUGGUUUCCAUUUUCCUUCUAAAAGCCCUGAGUCUUGGGAUCCGAACAACAGAUCUGGAGACCUCCCUUGGAAUAUUGGAGAGAAGCAUCCGAGCUUUGAGAGACAGCAAUCUCGACGAGAUGCAUCUAGCUUCUAGGUAUGGAGAGUUGUUGGACAUGCAUCUGGAGAAGUACAGGCAAAGUCUGGUCCCAACUACGAUUCCUCAGGGGAUUCGUGCAGUAGACCAAACCUCCCAAUGGACUUUUGACACCAGCGUACCGCCAGUAGAUGACUCUCUAGGAGAUCUGUCGAUGCCGGCUGUGGAUGACUGGCUUGCGCUGCCAUUUGAUCCAAGCAUGGCUCCAUUCGGCUUCGCCACUGAUGACCCCGACGUAGCCGAGCCAGAAGAUAGGUCUUGGGAUUUCUUGUGGAGUUUACCGAAUGCUUAA